AUGCCAGAUAAAAGCUAUUUUGUCUACAGUUACUUCUACCGGAUUGAGAAAUGGACACUGGAGGAGAUCAAGGCGUACUUUGAGGGCCAGCCACCCGAGUACCAGAUCAAACUCACAGCGUAUCAGUGGAAAACUCGGUUGGACAAAUUAAAGAUAUUCAAAAAACUAUCCCUGGAGGAGAAGAUAUAUAUCAGGGCCAAGCUCGCCGAAAGAAAAGGAACGUGGUCUCGCUUGUUUUUCGUGGGCCACGUACUUUUCGAGAACCCCGAUAUCGAGACCCUCUGUAAGAGGAUUGGACAUUUUGAUGGCGAUACUGAUCCUCCAGGUCGAAGAGAAGUGGUGUUUAUCGACCUGCCGUUUGAUUUUGACAGGCUCAUGCAGCCCUACGAGUUUAGGAAUUUCCAGCUACUUCUGUUCAACGCGAGAAUCCAUUUCGAAGAUUCGUUUGCCCGCGGUAUCUGGGCACCAGAUCACCGAGGGCUAUACGGACGAAGUCCGACGCUACAACUUGAACUCAAAAAGCUUAGUAGGCAACAUAAUCUUAUCUUCGACGCUCUGAAGAAAUUCAAAGUGAGGGACGAGCCCAGCGCCCAAGCACUACUACAGACUGCAAGAUCCUCCUACGGAGAGAUUGUCAACAAUACCCAUCAUCGUCAGUUCCAUGAUAUCCUCGCUAUCUUAUUCAUGCUUCAUCGUGCCGGGAAAUAUGAGUUCCAGAAGUCCAUGAGAGACAAUCUUUUGGCCUUGGCGAGGAUCCUUCUGCCGGAGAACGACCCUCGCAGGGGGAUGUUUGAGUGUCUCGAGCAGCUCCGCCUAGACGAAAUCGGUCAAUAUUACUCUGCAUUCAACACCUACUGCCGCCAUCUGUGGGGUCAAAAGGCCGGGGAUGAUUAUAGGGCCUAUUACUCCUACCAUCAGGCCAGCUUUCCGAGAGUCCCUCAAUGUGGAUUUUACAGCAUAUACGAAGGAAAAAGCAUAUAUCAAAUUCAAUCGAUACUUACUUGGUUCGACACGAGCUUGGGAAUGUACAGCCCGGAGACCUCUUGUUUGUGGCUCACUGCCCUUAACUACCUCUGGCAUGAAGGAAAAACGCAAGACCUGAUAUCGGUUGGGCGGCUUCUAUGCCAGCGCAUCGUUUUACUAGGACCACGCAGACGGCUUGAAUCCCAGCAACUAAACCUUGACGGCUCGGUGGCGCGUUUCCUACUCGCUAGGGCCGAGGAAGCUGAAGGGGAUUUGGAUUGCGCGAAAUACAACUACCAGUAUGCGGUGGAUUUACGAAAUGAGAUAAUUCCCAGUGAGACUUGGGAUCCGAUUAGAGUCGCAUCGUUGGAAAGGUUACUUCUGUUGCCUUUGAGUUUGGGCGACACCUCAGCUUGGGAGUGCUGGGAUGCGAUGUUGAAACGAAUGUAUAACAGUGCCUAG